CUUGGCACGUGAACGGUGCGCGUAGACGAUGACGUCAGACCCGGAAAUUGUCGCGUUAGUCGCAUACUUUUCAAGCCGGUGUAAUUUUGCUUUUCUAAGUUUCGAUCAGUCUUUUUAAAGUGUGUCAAAGACAGGACGAGUACAAACUGAGACAUGGACGGUGACACCGAUAACCAGGUAGAGAUGGAGGAGAAGAGCAGACUUAUAAACCAGGUCCUUGAACUGCAGAAUACACUGGAGGACCUCUCAUCUCGUGUGGAUGCAGUAAAAGAGGAAAAUCUAAAGUUAAAAUCUGAGAAUCAAGUUCUCGGUCAAUAUAUUGAGAAUCUGAUGUCAGCGUCGAGCGUGUUUCAGACAACUGACUCCAAAAGCAAACGAAAGUAAGAGAGCCCAUCUUCAUCCAUAAACCCACACAGACCAAACGAACAAACAAACCCUCGUCAUAUAUCUGUGACCUUUAGGUUUCUAUUGGAUUCAUUUGAUCUAUGACAAAUGUUUACAUGUUCUGUAUUAUCAGUAUUUGAUUUUAUUUCUCAAUGUCUCUGUCUAAUGUUAAAUAUUACAUCCCUUUUCUAAGAUGAUGGUCUUUAAAAUAUUUGUGCUUUAUUGUACGCGUCGACUAUAAAGAAUACUUGAUCUCCUAUCAAAACAAACUAAUGACUUCAUAUGUGUUUUAUAUUUAAUUUAUUGUUGCUUUGUAGAUGAGAGAGCACAGCCGUAAUGAGAGCAAUGUUGAUCUGUUUAGUUGUCUAAAUCAGUAUUCAUUAAGAGAAAAUAAUUCCUGUCAUGUAACUGGUAGAGCACUGUGUUAAAGCAUAUAGGUGAUAUAAAUGUACCUUGUACGUCUCUUCUGAUCGAGCAUCUGCCAAAAUGCAUAAAAAUGUAAAAAGAUUUAAUACAAUUUAGGUCAUUCAGGUCAGGGAAUGAAAUCUAUAAAACCCUUGGUGCUACCAAAAGUAGUUUUCUAAAAUGCAUUACAUCUGUGUCUCUUAAUAUCUUCUAUUAUUAUUUGUAUUAUAUUAAUAUUUAAUUGUGUUUCUGUAGUAUUUGACCAUUGUUUUAAUAAAAUGAUUUGCUAUGUUUA